UCAGACUCCAGUGGGAUCACCGCAACGCCCCUCCUCUUUUAAAUCUAAACUCAGCAGUUCUGCAAAUCUAUUGAACUGGACAGCGAGCCGGGUCAGACCAUCAGGGAACUCUGCUGAGCGCCAUGGAGGAAUCAGCUGCCAGUCAAGGCGAGAAGAAAGUGGUGGCAGUGGUGGGUGGUGGUUUGGUGGGGGCACUGAAUGCCUGCUUCUUUGCCAAAAGAGGCUUUCAGGUGGAAGUCUUUGAAACGAGAGAAGAUAUUCGGAAGGCCAAAGUAGUGAGAGGCAGAAGCAUCAACCUGGCCUUGUCCCACAGAGGCCGGCAAGCCCUGAAACAUGUUGGAAUGGAGCAGAAGAUUGUUUCUAAAGGCAUCCCAAUGCAUGCAAGGAUGAUCCAUUCACUCAGUGGGAAACAGUCUCCGAUCCCAUAUGGGAGGAAAGGCCAGUACAUCCUGUCCGUUGACCGAACCAAUCUGAACAAAGAGCUGCUAACAGAGGCAGAUACGUAUCCAAACACAAAGCUGAACUUUGACCACAAACUGCAGGACUGGAGUGCUGAAACGGGACUAAUGACCUUCGGCAGGCCAGAUGGAUCCCAGAUGGAGGUUCAAGCGGACCUGAUCGUGGGCUGUGAUGGAGCAUUCUCUGCCGUUCGCAAGCAGUUCCUGCGCCAUAGCCGCUUCAACUACAGCCAGACGUACAUCCCCCAUGGAUACAUGGAGCUCACCAUGCCAGCACAGAAUGGAGAGUUCGCUAUGAAGCCAAACUACCUGCACAUCUGGCCAAGAAACACAUUCAUGAUGAUUGCUCUCCCUAACCUGGACAAGACUUUUACCUGCACUCUAUUCAUGCCCUUUGAAGAGUUUGAGAAGAUCACCACAGGAGAUGAAGUCAUUGAGUUUUUCCAAAAAUACUUCCCUGAUGCCAUCCCGUUAAUCGGAGCCGAUGCCCUCGAGAGGGAUUAUUUCCGCCUGCCUGCGCAGGCCAUGGUGUCUGUUAAGUGCUCCCCGUAUCACAUUGGUGACAAAUGUGUCCUCAUGGGGGACGCAGCCCACGCUGUGGUGCCUUUCUACGGCCAGGGGAUGAAUGCUGGCUUUGAGGACUGCAUUGUCUUUGACGAAAUAAUGAAUCAGCUCAAUGAGGAUUUCAGCACUGUACUGCCUGAGUACACUAGAGUCCGAGUUCCAGACGACCACGCUAUUGCAGACCUGGCCAUGUACAACUAUGUUGAAAUGCGAGCGCAUGUCAACUCCAAAUGGUUCAUUUUCAGGAAACGUGUGGAUAAUCUUCUUCACUUCCUCAUGCCAAAGACCAUAAUUCCACUUUAUACAAUGGUAACUUUCACCAGGACCAGAUACCAUGUAGCUGUGGAGCGCUGGCAUUGGCAGGACAGAGUGAUAAACCGUGGCUUGCUGCUCGGAGCUGUGGGAGCUGUUUUUGGAGGCUCCUAUCUGCUCAUUAAAAAUCCUCCAAAUAUCAACAAGCUUGUUGUCCCCGCUGAGAAAAUCUGGAACAAGCUAGCAGCUCUCAUUACCCCCUGAGUGUUGGCACCUUCUCUUAGAUCUGACUGACAGCUGCAGCGACUGGAACAUCAGAACAUAGGAAUGAACUGAGGGGUGUCCAAAUUCAAUUAGAUUUUCAUUAAAUCACCUGGUUCUCCAAGACUGUGCCAGGAAAGUUUGUGUUCUGUCACAAUGCCUGACUGAAGAGGAACCAGAGAUAAUGACUGAUUAAAAUACAACAGUUUUUCAGUGAUGAAAGAGCUGUUGUUUGACUGGAGAAGCAUGGAGGUGGAUUUGAUUAAUUAGGAAGUUUGAAUUAAAAGAUGUGCACAGAUCUGAGAGUGUUUCAGGUAUAUGUGCAUCUUUAUAUAACUUUUUCACUCAUUAAAAUAAUGUUCCCUCUC